GACAAUAAAAACCAGCUCCUGUCAACACUUUGUGUGCACACUGCUGUGCUGCUUUUCUGCGUCACACAGCACUGCUGGCACGUCGGUAUGGUGCUCGUUAGCUCAGCCUGUUGGGUUAGCAUAUGUACUUCUUUUUCCUUUGCUUAAACAAAAGGCUCUAGAAAUAACAAAGAACCCAACUCCCUGAAUUACUGAUGAAUGUAUUCCCUCUCUUGGACACUUUCCUGGAAAAGAAGCGCACUUUACCCUUGUUAAUAUGUUGUCUUUAAAAUUUGAUGUCUCUCAGUAAGCAAUGGACACGCAUUAAUACUGAGUAUUUUUCACUCGCGUGGAUUUUUUCCCUUUCAAAACAAAUUAUGUACAUUGCUCUCUAUUUGCCUUGCUAUCUGUAUAAGAAAAAAACCACAACACAACCUCCUCAAGAAAUAAGCAGUAACAGUCAUUGCAGGAUAUUAAAGUGGUAUGAGCUACAAUUACUGUUCAGCAUUCUUUUAUUUUCUUGCACCGUGAUCUUUUGAAGACCAAAGGACAGUUUUGAUGAGGUUGUUUGGUAGAAUGGCAAGAUCCUUGGAAUGAUCACAGUUGCGUGCAUUGAUGUGCUAAGUCUUUUUCAAGGGCAUGGAGGAGGUGACUUUGGAAACAGCUGUAGCUGCUGAGUGUCAGUGCAGCUCCCUGCCCUCGUGCUGGGGCUGUCCUCUCCAUGCUGAGCUGGGUCCUGCUCCCAUCCUGGCCUGCUGCCAUCGUGCUGGGGAGAAUUGAGGUGUGCUUGUGUUGCCCUCAGCCACCAACGUAAUGCCCUCCAGCACAGGGCAUUGAGCAGGUAAACCCAGCUCAAUCUCCCCUUUCUUUAGGCUGUUAAAUGGUGUUGAUAGAAUUAGUUGCAUCGGUGGGAGUGAUGUUAGGGGGUUUUCCCUCUUUUGCUUUGUGUGCCUUUGUCACCCAAGCCCUGGCUGGACUGCACGGUGCAGGGAACGCUGCCCACACAGCUGAAAUUCAGGCUGGGUCCCUGGGCAGGCCUGAGGGAAUGGCUCUGUUUUCCAGGAAUGUGAAGCAUCCCACCUUUGCCCUCUGCGCAAAUGCUGCCAGCAAAACUUCUGAAGUUGAUGCAGAUGUGCUGACAAAAAGCUCUUUAUCUCGUCUUCUGUACAGAGGCUCAAGCUGUAGGCUGCUGUCCCAGAGGAGCCCAAUCAGAUCCAGAUGUCUCACCAGUUUGUUCAAACUGAAAACUCAGUUACCAGCGAUCCCCAAACGCUUCCUGAAAUCAAGAGCUGAACUCCUGAAUGGGCAGCACGUGGCUGUCACCUCCUGCACCUCGCUGCUCAGAGCUCUGCAGCCUGAUCUCCUGAAGCCCUGGGCAGCCACCCCACCUCUCUGCGCCUCUUCUAGGAGCACAGACUUCCAGAUCAGUAUCUCCCUUCACCAUCUGCACCUUUCCAUUUGCCUGUGUUUUCAGCAUCAACUGAAAUUCCCUUUGUAUGGCUCCAGCUCGUGUGAUUGAGGAGUUGCUGUAUGAUCAGGUAAGCUUGCAGACAACAGCUGGUUUUAUAACAUCCUCCAUAGUGCCCACAGAAACAGAGCCCAGCAGCAGCUCCCACCAGGAGUUUGGGCCAUACAACCCGAGCUGUGUGGGUUUGUCCUGUUAAAAGAUGUUGUAAUACGUAUGGAUAACUUGAAGCAAAGAAUACCUUCCAUAGCAACUGCAGUGUUUGUAGCAGCAAUAGCAUAUGGGAAUGCCUCAGCGCUGCACUUCACUGAUUGUCUGUACGGACAUGCUGCAAGGAGCUGAAGUAAUGAAGCACUGCCUGGAAAAAAUAUAUGCAAAGCCAAAUUGUUACAACUAGUGUAAGCAACUUCUAAAUGAAAACCUCUGAGAAUCAAAAGGAAAGAGCUUGUCAGGCACUGCUAGCCCAAGCAGCAUGCGCUAAGCCACGUCUUGUCGGGUUGUAUGGCAGCCCUGUGCCCUGCCAGUGUGCAGCAUCCCCACAGCAGCAGCUCGGCACUCACCCCGCUCAGAACACAGACAAAAACUGCAUGGGGACAGCCAGGCACUGCUGGGCAACCAGGAAUGUUUAGUCCAGAAGGAGAAGCAAGGGGGUUUCUCUGUGCUAUGUCCCAGCUCUCGUUCCCUGAGCUCCAGCACUCCUGCCUGCUGCAGAGCAGCGAGACCAACGCAAACCCCAGAGAUCUUCUUAAAAGUUAAUCUUGUUGUGGGAUUAAAUACUACAGAGCAGCAUGUAAAAACAUAAGAAACAAGUUUUCAAGAACAAGCUUUCUUUAUUUUGACGCCCUUCAUUUUUUUCCCAUUAAUAAAGUUUGGCAUGAUUUUAAAUCCAGGUCACGAGAGACCUUGAGCGGUCACCAAAGGCAGUGGUGGGAUGCUGAAACCAGAGAGGAGGUGACUGGCAGCGGUAGGAGACAGACAGGAUGCUGGGGAGGAAGCACCUUUUGAGAGCAUUUUCUCAGCAGUAAGAGAUUUGCAAAGGGUGGGGAUUGUGGUAGAGUUAUCUGGAAAACAUCUCUAAUUCUUAUACAUAUAAAGCCCCAUGGAUUUUUAGUUCUGUAUAACACGUAGAAACUAAUACAAAUAUAAAGCAUGUUUUAAUGGACGUCUUUUAGCAUAAGUAAUACCCAAGAAAUAUAACAAAACACAAAGUAUUGAGUUA